AUGCCCUUUGAUUUAAUAUUUGUAGUUUGGUCAAUUAAUCUGAAUAAAACUGUACAAAGUAUCUGCGACUCAUGGCAAUUCACACUUUUCUGUAUUUUCGCGCAAAGUAUUAAGCCGAGGCACAUUAUCACCAGAUCUUCUUUUCUACCACAUCUUCUUUCUUCAACUUUUAAACUUCAAACUUCCCAAAUAUUUUCUCUUUUCAUGGUCCGUGGCUUCUUCCAAUCCGUUCUUCACACGCACGUGCCCACCAAGCCCGUUUCCUUCUCCAAAAACGGCGAGUCCAAAACCUUUCCUGACCUUGUUUCUGGAGCGGUUCCAGAACUAGCCAGCGGCGCCUCUUUCUUUGUCCAUCCCCUCUUGUCCAGUGGCCAUGCCCAGACGGCCUACACGGCGCUCCACAAGUUCGAGUCGGUCGACUGUAUCCACUACAAGAGACGCGUGAUCAAUGUGGAAGAGAAAACAUACAAAGUGGGCACCGACAGCAUGCCCUACGACCGGUGGAAGGGCCAGUCGACAUUCACAAUUGACUACGUUGUUGGCGCCGACAAGGCAGAUACCGAACACAUGCAAUUCUGCCCGGAAUCGCAGAAAAAACCGCUUCCGCCUCGAACUGAGUACUUGGACCCGCAAAAGGAGCAGCAGUUGUUGGACAACGACCGGCCCCUUGUGAUCGCAUUGCACGGCCUCAGUGGCGGGUCGUACGAGUCGUACAUCCGGGCGUUUUUGCACGAGAUCGCCGCCGAGCCCUACAAUUUCGACGGAAUGGUGUUGAAUGCCCGAGGCUGCGCCAACCACACCAUCACGUCGCCGCAGUUGUUCUGCGGCUUGUGGACGAACGACUUGCGCUACUUGAUCAACGAGCACAUCCGUCCGCGCUGGCCCUCGAAGCGCAUUUUCCUCAUAGGCUUCUCUUUGGGCGGCUCCAUCACGGCAAACUACUUGGGCCAGGAGGGCAACGACGUCUACCGCAACAUCAAAGGCGCCGCCAUCAUGGGCAGCCCGUGGGACUUCCCGCAGUCGUCGUACGCUUUGGUGGAGUCGUUUUUGGGCCAGAAGGUGUAUUCGCCCACCAUGUGCCAGAACUUGCUCCGUUUGCUCGACCAGCACUACGACGGCCUCUUGAAGCUGGAGGACAUUGUCAAGCAGUACAAGGAGGACCCGCUGAAGUUCAAGCUCAACACGUUGCGGGACUUUGACGACACCUUCACCUCCAAGCUUUUCGGCUUCAACUGCGCCCUGGAGUACUAUCGCCACGCCUCGCCCGACCAGCGUCUUUUGAACGUUCGUGUGCCUACAAUCAUCGUCAGCUCAAAAGACGACCCCAUUGUGGGCAGCAAAGCCUUGCCCACCAGCGAAGUUUCGUUGAAUCCAUACACGUACAUGGCAGUGACGUCUAUCGGCGGCCACUUGGGCUGGUUCGACUACAGACACGAGCGGUGGUACCCGAAGCCGAUUCUGAAGCUUUUCCACGAAAUGAGCCACUGGGACGUGGACGACUUGCCCAAGGAAUGCUUGCCGCAUGCCACAGACGGCAUCUGGAAGCACGACAGAAUUGUGCAAUAG